CCGCUUACAACAUUUCCGACUUCGCAGCUGGCGUCUGCUUUGCCUCCGCUGGCACUGGCUAUGACAAUGCUACCUCCGCCGUACUAAACGUGAUACCAUUGUGGAAGGAAGUGGAGAACUACAAAGAGUAUCAGAACAAAUUGCGGGCAUACGCGGGAGGGAGAAAGGCGAGGUAUGUGAUCCAGGAGUCGCUGUAUGUGGUGAGCAUGGGAACCAACGACUUCCUAGAGAACUACUACAUGCCCGGGAGUCGGAGGGGGAAGCAGUUCACGGUGGAGCAGUUCCAGGGCUUCCUCCUCAGGAUCGCCGAGAAGUUCGUGAGGGAAAUCUACGGGCUGGGAGCGAGGAAGAUAGCCCUGGGAGGGCUCCCUCCCAUGGGCUGUCUCCCUCUGGAGCGAACCGCCAGUUUCCUGGGCGGCUUUGGUAACGUCUGCAACCAAAAGUACAACGCCCUGGCUGCGCGUUUCAACACCCUUUUGAAUGUCAUGAUGAGUAAGCUUAAUCGGGAGCUUCCCGGGCUCCGCCUUGUUUACUCCGAUGCCUACACCGUUUUGCUUCAGAUCAUCACAAAACCUUCUUCAUACGGGUUUGACGUGGCAUCGGUAGCUUGUUGCGGCACAGGGCUUUUCGAGAUGAGCUACCUGUGUGACCGGAUGAACCCGUUCACAUGUACGGAUGCGAAUAAGUACGUCUUCUGGGACUCCUUCCAUCUCACCGAGAGGACCAACCGGAUCAUUGUUGACUACUUGAUGAAAAACACCCUACGUCAAUUUCUCUAGUCAAUCUGCCCGGCCGGCCCUGCUGUACUAAUAAUUAUACACGUACAGAUUGUUUAUUUUUUGCCUUCUUUAUAUAAUAUAAUAAUAAUAAUAAUAAUAUAUGUAUUACACAUACCUUAAUUAAUUAUGUUAGUUGGACGUACUCUGUACCUAAAUUAUUACGUGUUAUUAUGCAAUUAAUUACGACGUAAUAAUACAUGUGUGCGUGCAUUGAAUUUCUCGUAAUUAUUUUUGUAAAUUUAUCAAUUAUUUGACAAAUUUACGUGCAGGUUUAAUACUUCUAAAUU